AUGGUUUCCUCGUACUGUUUCUGCUCGGACAGCAGAGGUCGAGAGCUGGAGAACACAGGUGUGGAGCUGCUCCUGUCUGAAGUGUACGACUCUGCGUUCACCGGACUCCGGUCCGGUCGCUCCGUGUCUCAGAGCAACAUCUACAGAGUCCUGCAGCGAAGGAUGCUGGGAGUCCGCCUCGCCAUCACUGGACACUUCAGAUGUCCCUCGGCCUGUGAGGAGGAGCGGCGGGCGGCCCAGUCCGAUCACUACGUCCCGUCCUGUGACGACGCAGGAGCGUUCACUUCCAGACAGUGCCAGCAGGGGGGGCAGUGCUGGUGUGUGGAGCCCACAGGCAGAGAGCAUCCUGGGAGUCGACAGUUUGGAGACUCUCUGAUCUGCAAUACAGGUGUUGACUGUCUCUCUCAGCGGCGUCUCGCUCUCUCUCAUCUUUUUUCUGGACCCGUUGAUCCUCCUCCUGGCGCCUUGUCGGCCAGAUCUCCAGCUUCCUGUCUCGAGCUCCUUCGGCCUCUCCGUGACAUCCUGCCGGUGGAGGCGGAUGUGAGCUCCUUCCUGUCUCGCCUGGUUGAAGUCCUCCAGGGUCUCUUCCCCACUGUGGGAGGAGCUCUGCAGGCUCUGGCUCGGGCCUCCCCUCGUCGCCUCCAGGAGAACCUGUUCGGAGGGAAGUUUCUGAAGAAUGCUGCGGACUUUAACUUCAGUGGAGCGGUGGGAGCUCGAGGAGCUCUGGGUCUGGAGCUGCUCUCCUCUAACGGCGUCGCCAUCGGCCUCCAGAGGAACCGGGACUUGGUCCAGUCUGUCAGUAGAGCGCUGGAGGACCCCGCCUUCCUCGCCACCCUCCAACACACACUCACAGGAAGCAGCAGCACCUCCUCCCUGCAGCAGGUUCUGGCCCCUCUGCUCCGUCACUGCUCUGCUGACGAGGACGACGAUGCAGCGGCCACAUUUGUUCCCAGUUGCACGUCCAGUGGAGGUUUCCAGGAGGUUCAGUGUCAGGGUGGGGACUGCUGGUGUGUCGACCCUCAGGGUCAGGAGGUCACGGGGUCGCGGACCUCUGGUCGUCGGCCUCGUUGUCCGACCCGGUGUGAGAGAGAGAGAGCCAUGGCACUGCAGGUGAAAGGAAAGAUGUCGGCCGGAGCUGAAAUCCACAUCCCAGCAUGCUCAGAGAGGGGAGACUUCCUACCGCUGCAGUGUGUUGGGUCACGCUGCUUCUGUGUGGACACUGAGGGACAAACAAUGAUUGCUGGGCCAACAGGGGGCGCUGUCAACUGCUCACAGAGACCAACACAGAAGCUUCAGUCCUUCACAGGUCGCUGCUCUCAGGCGUUGGCCGAGGUCACGGCGUUCAGAGAGCGGGUGAAGAGUGUCGCCGCUUUCUCUCAGUCCACACACAUCCCUCUGGGGUACGGAUUCCUAUUGGCUGAAGGUCUGCGUCUGACCCCGGACGAGCUUCAAAUCAACCAAUCACAGGAGGAGAUGCAGAUUUCUGAGCAGCUGCUGAGUCAAUCCUACGCCGCUCUGCGAUUGGCUGCCUCCUCCACUGUCCAGAUGUUCCUGCGGCCUCAGCGUCGUUCCUACCAGCCGUUCACACCUCAGUGUGAUGCUGACGGACACUGGAUGUACACACAGUGUUACCACAGCACAGGUCAGUGUUGGUGUGUCGAUGAAGACGGAGAGUUCGUCCACAACUCUCUGACCAGCCGCUCACUCAUCCUGCCCACAUGUCUGACUCGCUGUCAGAGAGCUCGGGCUCACACUCUGCUCUCUGGUUGGAUGAAACUUCAUCAAACAACGUGUGAGGAG